AUGAGCAGGCCGGCAACCAUACCGUCCCCGUCGCUCAUCUGCUCCACCAAAACACAGGUGCUACCAAACCUACUUCCGCCUGUAGAUUCGCCUGCAAACAAUCACUCCAUCGCCGAUUUCAACUCCGUCGUCAUUCCCAUACCCAACAUUCAACAUGAGCCCACUUCUACCACGCCGCCGUUGCUGCCCACACACAUAAAAUCUGUUGUUGCUGAGGACAUUCACAAUCCCGCCGUAACCGCUCCUCUGGUGCUGUCCGAUCAUACAGAGCAUCCACUCCAGGCGCUGGUGACCGACGCCGUCCUUCAUUCCGUUUCAACAUCGUCCAUGGGCUCUGUGGAUGUCGAUGGAGAAAACGAACCCGCGCCUAUCGUGUCAGCUGGAUCCGCGAUCAUGGCAGGAGACGGAGAAGAUUUUCUUUCAGCUAGAGCAUCACCUUCCGAAGGCUCGUCCGAACCUUCAUCUUCCUCAACUGUGGCCACAACCGCUUAUUCCAAGCACCGAUCAAAUAGUGACCACGAUGGAGAUCGAGACCGCAAUCCCACGCAGGGCUUCCAGCUCGUUUCCGCACCUGGCUUCCAGCUCGUUUGCGAGCAGAUUAGCAUGGCCGGACAAGCUGGAGUGGUAAACGUGAAGCCAACUGCGUCAAUGAAAGUAAAAAAAGACAGCACCGACAACUACAUCACUUCCGCUGACCUGAAUCAUAGAGUCCUCAAUAGUGCUGCAAACUCAUCUGGGGCCAGUAUGGGGGCAAGCUCUCUUGUCACAGAUGCCAAUUCCUCCCUCUCUGGUGGGCCACAGUUGCAGAAGAGCUCCAGCAUAAACAAUGAGUCGUAUACACAUCUUCCAGCAUCACCACUGUCCUUCUCUUCCAACAACAUCUCCUGCUCCUCGGUCAUGGAUGGUUCAUCCAUUGUUCAACAAAUUCCUCAGCAAGAACAUAUGGUAAAGCAAGGUAAUUCCAGCAAUAUAUCACAGUCAAUAAUGCAUGAAUCUGGAAUGAUGCCUGCUGAGAAGAGGCCGAGGAUGGACAUGAGGCAGCAGAGCCCUCAAAUUCAGGCCAUAAUACAUCAGCAGAGGUUAGCUCAGGCUGCACAACAGCAGCAGCAACAACAAAUUUUGCAGUCGCAAUUGCAGCGAAUCCAGGUGCACCAACAAACCCAACAGCCUAGGCCGAACCCUGUGCAGCUAGUAUCUCCUGCAAGACGUCCCACUUAUAGUGGUUUGUGUGCUUGGAGGCUGAUGCAAUAUAUGUACCACCAAAGUCAUCGACCUCCUGACAAUUCUACAACUUACUGGAGAAAAUUUGUUGUGGAAUACUUUGCACCCAAAGCAAAGAAAAGAUGGUGUUUAUCAUUGUAUAAUGGUGUUGGCAGUCAUCCUUUAGGCACUUUUCCUCAAGCUUCUAUGGAUGCAUGGCAAUGUGGCAUAUGUGGUUCUAAAUCUGGAAAAGGCUUUGAGGCCACUUAUGAAGUUCUUCCUAGGCUCAAUCAAAUCAAAUUUGAUCACGAGGUUAUCGAUGAGCUUUUAUAUCUUGAGAUGCCUCGUGAAGGUCGACUUCCAUCCGGAAUGAUGGUUUUGGAGUAUGAAAAAGCUGUUCAAGAGAGUGUCUAUGAGCAAAUACGGGUUGUGCGUGAAGGCCAACUUCGAAUAAUUUUCAUUCCUGAUUUGAAGAUCUUGUGUUGGGAGUUCUGUGCUCGACGCCAUGAAGAACUUUUCCCUCGUAGAAUGAUGGCACAUCAAGUGAACCAGUUACUGCAUGUUGCACAGAAAUAUCAAGCUGCUGUAAAUGAAAGUGGUACUUCAGGGCUUUCUGUUCAAGAUAUGCAGGCCAGUUGCAACAUGUUUGUGGCGGUAGGCUGGCAACUUGCAAGAAAUCUUGAACUGCAAUCACUAAAUGAUCUAGGCUUUUCCAAAAGAUAUGUUAGAUGUUUGCAGAUAUCCGAAGUUGUUAAUAGCAUGGGGAGCACUCCAUUUGCAAAGAUGUUUACAGGUGGAAUGGUUGAAGAAAUGUGUAAGAGUAAAAUUUCAAUGCAUUUUGAUUAUUGCACUACUGCGAGUACCGACUUUGUUCAGUUAGAUGAGCUUGAUCUCAAUGAGGGCAGUAAUCUCUGUGAGAUAAUGGGUAGCAAAUCCAACGAAGUUGAUGACAGUAAUGGUGUAGAGAACAAUCAUCACUUGGAUUGGUGGAAGCCUCUUCAUGUGGUAAUUUCAAAGUCUGCAUUCAAAGUCUUCGAUCCCGGAAUUUGUUGCCACCCUACCUCCCUUCUAAUUAUCGAGCCUCGAACGGAGUCGAGCCUUUUUACGCAAUGGGAGAAUGAUGUGGGAACAUUUUAG